AUGAGAGACUGGCUGUUCACUCUUGGGCAUGAUUCCGAAGCGAUCGAUGGCUUGAAUGUCAUUCAUGUCGCCGGAACAAAAGGCAAAGGCAGCACAUGUGCUUAUGUGGACUCAAUGUUGCGGGCGCAUGCGGAUAGGAAUAAAACCAGACGGAAAAUUGGUCUGUACACGUCGCCAAGUCUAUGGCCGCGAAAUAGAAUUCGAAUCGAUUCGAACCCAUUACCAGAGGAUCUUUUCGCAAAGCGGUUUUUUGAGGUGUACAAGGGUCUUUCUCUCGAUUCCAACACGCUACCACCCGAUACCAAGACACCUGGAUAUCUCCAAAUGCUGGCCAUCCUAGCGUUUCACACGUUCAUCAAAGAAGGCGUCGAAGUUGUUAUCUGCGAGGCCCACCAUGGUGGUCAGUUCGACGCGACAAAUAUAGUUGAUCGUCCUGCCAUCACUGCGAUCACAAAAAUUGGCAUGGACCACGUCGAAAACCUAGGAAAAACCAUACGACACAUUGCGUGGCACAAGAGUGGAAUUUUUAGAGACGGCGUUCUCGCAUUUUCGGUCCUCCAAGUCAAAGAAGCUGAAGAUGAGAUUGAACGUCGAGCUGAAGAACAAGGGGCAAUACUGCAGUUUGUUGGAAGCGUGGAGGGGUCGUUACUUGAAAUCCUUGAUAUCGAUCAAGUUGAGGACAUACCACUUGAGCAGCGAGAAAACAUUGCUCUGGCUACAAAGAUUGCCCAUGGCUUUCUUCAACGGAGCCACCAAUCACUUGACAGACGAGACGUUUUGGGCGGUGUUCAAAAGUGCUAUUGGGCUGGACGCUUCGAUAUCGAGAAUUCCGGUGGCUGCACUUGGUAUUUGGACGGUGCACACAACGAGACAAGUAUGGAAGUAGUCGCAGAGUGGUAUGAUCGUGUGGCAAGCCCUAGCUCUGUCCGAGUUCUUGUGUUUGCUCAUUUCUCACCGAAGCGAACGCGUGACUGGGAAACCAUACUAAGAACAUUAUGGAGGUCUCUCAAAUCGCAUAUCCAGCAUGUCAUACUCGUUGAAAAGAUUGAAUAUGACGAUCAUUUCUCCACGCCCGGCGGAUGGUUAGAAAAUUAUGCCCAGUUCUGUAUAGAACAAUGGCCCCCAGUUUCCAUUUACAAAGCUAUGGAUGUCAGGAGAGGCAUUGAACAUGCGAAGGAUAUUGCUAUGGGAGGACAGAUCCUGGUGACGGGAAGCCUAUACUUGGUAGAAGCUGCCCUGGAUGUACUCAAGGACGAGGUCAUCUAG